AUGUUUAAAUAACAAAUUUUAGAAUCUAGUAUCUUUUAAACAAUUCAUCAUCAUCUUGAAGAGUAACUUAGUGUUAAAUCGAAUAAAUUCAUAAAACUUGAGACUGAAAUCGAAAUGAUUGAUAUGUCAUUAAAGUAAUUAUAAGAAUAAUAAUCUGAACUAUUAAUCAAAUGUCUGAAGUAAUGGAUUAUAUCUGAAAAGUACUUUAAAGUGAUUAAGGUUUUGGAUAAUGUAAAACAUGAUAAUUCGAGACUUUUGGAAUUACUCAAACUCUAUGAUGUAUUUAUCAUACAUCAGAGUGAAAACUCAGUUCAAUUUUUGUACAGCAAUAAAUUUAGUUAAGUAAUUUAAAAGAAGGAGGACUUCUUCGUAAAUCAAUCUUAAAUCACCUACAUAUUUAAAUUUUCAUCGUUGGGUAACAUCAACCAAUAGCCUGACCUUUUUGUGAAUGUGAUGAAAUUGAUCAAUUGUGUAUAUCCACUUUCGACCUUGACAUUUAAGUGGAUCCCCUAUAAGCAUUUGAAUUUACUCCUUGAUAGUCAAUCAUAAUCUUAUGAUAUCAACGAAGUAAUAAUGAAACUACUUGAUCUAUUUGAUAUAAUACAGUGGAAACAGAUCGAUUAUCUAGAACUGUUGUCGACAGUGAUACCAGAGUCGGAUAUGUUGAUGUAUAGGAGUCCCUAGGAGUUUUUUGAUUGUGCAUUGGGAAAACAGAAUGUUUAUGAGUUAUAUUUGGAUGGGAAAUGCGUAUCUUUUGCCAAGGGGUAAUUCCAAUUCAAUUGCAUUUGUAAUUAGGAGUUUAAGCAGUUCUUGGUUCUGGGGAAGACGCGUUCAAGAUUGCUCAAUGUGAAGGAUCAAAUGCGGAUUGCUGAAUUAAUAAGCAAUCACUGCAAAUCGAGUAGGAGUAUGAUGGUGUUUGUGGAAUCAGAGGAUGAGACUUUUGAUUUAGAGUAAUUUGAGUAGGUGUGUCAUUAAAAUCCAAAAUUGUUUAGAUCUCAGCAUUUUCAGGUGGAGAGUUAGCAGAAUGCUAUUCUGAUUGAUAAAAUUACUAUGUUGUAUCUAUCAAUGCAAGAUGAUCUUAGCAAUAUGUUCUCUCAACUUUCAACUGAAUAACAUGAGGUCAUCUACAAUUCAUUCAGAAGUGCGUUGCUAAACAAAUUUGUGAUUGAUAAACUAUGA